AUGUCAUCCAAGAACGACAAACUGGUGCACAACCUGUCGUCAAAGGAGCUGACGGAGGAACAAAUGCAGGUUUUACGGCAUGAGGCCUCAUUCAACACAGCCGAUGCCAAACCUGCCAACAUGAUCGCAGCAGUAGAAUCAAUCCUCAGCCAGACGGGAGCGACAGACGAAACGAAGAACCUCAUUCGACACCAAGUGUCCUCCCUCCUCAUGGCUCAUAGGCCGCGCGAUGUGCUUUCCAAGGUCGAGCGCGAUGCACUUAAGGAACUCAGGGCCGACAACGACCUCGUUAUCGUGCCUGCGGACAAGGGGCGUUCAACGGUCAUAUUGGACAGGACAGACUACAAUCAAAAAGCCAAAAGCUUAUUUGAGGAUCGUCAGUCCUACGUCCCAUGCGAAUCCAACCCCAUGAAAACGCUGACACGCGAGAUUAACGCGACGCUGUUGGCAAUGGAGAACGCAGGUGCAAUAUUGCCAAUCGACCGACGCAUGGCGAGAGCACAAGAAACAGCCCUAGCCCGAUUCUACGGUCUUCCAAAAGCGCACAAAGAGGGCGCUCCUCUCCGGCCUAUCGUAUCACUAAAGGGCACUCCAACCUACGGACUGGCAAAGUGGCUGUUCCAACGUCUCAAGUUUCUGACCUCCGAUUCGAACACCACAGUCAGCUCGUCAACACAAUUCUUGGAGAAACUUAAAGGAGUAAGUCUCCUGCCAAGCGAUAUCAUGGUUUCCUUUGAUGUCACGUCCCUUUUUACUUUUAUCCCGCAGGACCUGGCAGUCGAGACAAUCGAACUACUCCUACGAGAGAAGUACGACGAAACGGAGAAUCGCCUCGGACACGCCCAAAUCAUCCAGCUCCUAAAGUUCUGUCUCAAGACGUACUUUACAUUCGACGGAACAAUCUACGAGCAGGUGAAGGGAACGCCAAUGGGUUCGCCGAUUUCGGGACUCAUAGCCGCGGCGGUCCUUCAACGGCUGGAGUCGCUGGUUUUCCGACACCACAGACCGAAAUUCUGGGCUCGGUAUGUGGAUGACACCUUCGUCGUCAUCGAACGGGAUCAGGUGCUGACUUUCAAAGAACAACUCAACGCCGUCUUCCCGGACAUUCAAUUUACGAUGGAGGAGGAGGAAAACAAUCAGCUGGCCUUCCUGGAUGUCCUCGUCUGUCGCAAAGAUUGUGGUGGCCUGAAAACCAAAGUGUUCAGGAAAGCGACAAAUACGACGCAAAUACUAAACUUCAAUAGCAACCACCCGAUCAGUCACAAACGCAGUUGCGUAAGGGCGCUAUACCGGCGUGUUGAGACGCACUGCAGUGAAAUGGAAGACAAGGUUGCUGAAUUACAAUAUCUUCGACGGUUAAUGAGAGGUAAUGGCUACCCGCGCAACUUUGUCAACCAGUGCAUACGAAAAGGACACCAGAGACCAAAUCCAACUAGCCCCAAAUUUUGGCGGGCUCUUCCGUACGUGAAGAACGUCUCGGAAGCCGUCAGUCGUCUUCUCACUCCACUUGGAGUUGGGGUUGCACACAGGCCGGAAGCAACCAUUAGGCGCCAAGUAAUGAGGCCAAAAGACCCGCUGCCACGGCAGGAAACGUCUGGAGUCGUUUACCGGAUCUGGUGUAGUUGCGGACAAAGCAAUUAUGUCGGAGAAACUGGGAGAUUACUCCGUACGCGACUUGCCGAACACGCAGCAGCAGUGAGGCGGGGAGACGCUAACUCUCAGGUGGCGGCACACUCAACGGGACCCGGCCAUAUUUUCAAAUUUCAAGAGGCCGAAAUCCUCGCAAGAGGUGACAACCGCGUGAGCCGCGAGCUGCUCGAGUCAUGGUUCUCAGGCCCGCAAUCCAUUAACAAACACAAUGACCUCCCGGUGCCCUAUUGCGUAUUGCGAUUUUCCCUGGGCAGGAGAAUCAGUCACGUGGGGAGGGCGCGGGUGAGCAAUUAUCACGGUGACAGUGAGCCAGUUUGCCGAGCAAUCGUCACACCAGCAUCGAGCACGGAUGACGAAAUCGCGGCAAUUAACAACUCGGACUCGGACCGCCAAGCCACCGCCGCAUCAAUUACGACCCCAGCGGCGAUUGGUAGAACUGUUAAUUGCAGCGCGCAUACGGUCCUACGGCAGCCACGUGCUAUAAAUACUGCACUCCUGGUGCCACAUUCACCUCUAUCUGCGAAUGUCUCUGAUGAUGGAUUCGAGUGAGAAUCCGAAACGUCAGGCAAAUAAACUUCUUGUCCCAGUGAUCGCAUCUUCAUCUUCUGAACUGCUACCUGGGACUCGCCUGUUCGCUUACAUUAGCCUUCUCUUUCUGGGUGUUGAUAAGAAGAAGUUCACGUAAGAUGCUGGGCCGAUCAUGACCCUCUUUACGACAGCACAGGCCUCCGGCUGUAGAAGCGAAAGUUCGCGGACGACGACCACAAAAGCAACUUCAUCAUGACCACCUGGGCCCGUCUUUGGGAGCUGAUUGACCGUUCUUUUGGAACCUUCCUUCCGAGAACAAUACUCAGGUCCUUAACCCGGCGCGCCUUGCCCGCAGGUGUGUGUUAUGGAUAAUGAGGGAACAGAAAUACACAGACUGUUGUCUCUAACCGACAGCAUGUGAUUGCAGAGACCUACAUUGACCCUUGACGAUAAAUGACGUCGUACUCCGUUUUUCUCAGCAUACAUCUGCUUAAACUGACCAAUGCUCUGUCCACUGUCUAAGGCGUUUUUAUCUGCCUUUUCCACUAUCUAUUUUGCUCGUUCCUCUUUCAGUAUAAUGUCGAUAUUUCUUUUGUACAUAUCUGAUGUUCCCUCUUCCGAUUACGUACUACAGUUUUAUGUUGACAUGAGAUAGGAUUUUCAACUGCACAGGCGGAAGUUUCCAUUUAACCAAAUUAUCUGUGCUUAAACACUGCUUCUCCGACCAUUUACCGAAACGUCAUUGUGGUUAGGUGUCCUUGCCUCAGUAAAAAUCCAAGAUUCGAGCAGAAAUAAAUCUUGCCUUAACCAGCGUAUCUCCUCUUUCUAAACUGCUUCCUUGGAGGCACCUCUCUGUUUCUCUCCUCCGUCUGGGAAUAAUCAGCCACCAUUUGCGAUCAUCACUUCGUUCUUAAAGGCGACUGUGAUUGACAGCCCUAGCAACCUGCAUGUCCUUGAGCUGCUCACGUCAAGAAGGCGCGUGUUCCGGACCUCAUUGCUCCCACGAGUAGCCCACACGAACAUCCACAGCUCAUCGUUGAGCAAUAUCUAAAUGAUCAUUAUCUCUGAAUAACGUGUAUUAAAUUAAAGAAUUUGGUCUCUGAAAAAGGCAGCUGCAAAAGGAACUAGUGUGCUUUCAGGCCUAUUUUCAGAUUAUUGGACACGUCUACCGCAGCUCACAAAUAUUUUAAACGGAGGCUGCCCUCUGAUUGACUAUUUCAGGAGGCAAAUUUGAUGCUCGGACUCCUUACCAUCACUGUUUCAACAUAGGCCGGCUGGUAAAUAGUGCAUGCUUGUACAAAAACUCGUUUUGUACCAGUACUAUUGUGGCGUCCGUAUGUACUGGAAGCGUUGCGUACCUAGUUCUAACGGGCACCCGGUAUCGCUAAGUCUGUAUGAAAUGCGUUCAAUGGUGUCGAUAAAUGCGUUCUGGAGCAUAUGCGGACGAAAAUGCUUGAAGGGGGACGGGACUACAAAAGUUGUGCUAUCGGGAGGAGACAAGUUCGUUAGGGAACCUCAAGUUGAUAGUCAUUUAUCCCGAGGGGCGCGGAUGCGGAUCAAACGCAGCGUUUAUUGAUACACCGACCGAAGUAGCGGCUUAAUUCACCCCUGAUAUCACACAUUACAUAUCAACGCUAAAAACUAGCUAGACAAUACUUUUAGCGCAAUUUAGACCAUUCGGCCUGCGUCCGGGUGCGAAUUUUACACCAAAACCGUGUAGGACCCUUCCGAGCAUCCAGUUAAUGGCAUAGUUCGAAAGAAUGGGUAACAAGAGGCAACAUUGUCGAGAACCAGAUCGCCUAUCGAACGAUUGAGAAAUUAUUAUGGCUAUUAAAUCACAUAGUGGUGGAGCGAUAGAUGGUUUUGGCUGGCACGACAUCUAAUUUCAAUAUUCAUUACAGGGACUUAUGAUGGACGGAGUAGAAGGCAGCGGUAAAGUCAACAAAGCAGAUUACCGUAGGUUGCCGGUAGCUAUUUCAGAAUACCAGAAUACACCUCAAUGUGAAUAUGUAGUCAGUGAAUGUGUGCUCGUCUUCGUAUGGCCUCGUCAUAUUCACGCACAGACCUCAGUUGUUGUCGCAGCAACUCCUCCCUCAUAUGGGAGGGGGGUGCUAGAAUGACACUGCAUAGGCUGCAGAGGGAUAAAGCGCCGUUGCAGACGAGAGUGAGGUCGCGAUGGGUGUUCGAAGUGCACAAGCCCGUGAUCCACCCUCGUUUAGUCGUCAUCAAGAAAACUGCCAUUAACACUUAGCACAGAUCUACUAAACGUUGCGGGCCUACCACUAGCCUCGAAGACAAUUUGGUCAAGUUCUUGGAUGCCAGCAACGUUUGCGGCCAGCUCCAGAGAGGUCGAUGUUUCAGCCCGAUAUUUCUACCCGUCACCUCAAGCCGACACUGCUGUCAUUUCCCCAUAUGGGUGUAGGGAGUCAUUGCUGCAGAACCUGGCUCUGAGUCGUCUGGACUGAUAGCAGCAAAGUUCACCCGCUGAUUCUGUCAUUUCGGCGCCUCUAGGUGAGUCCAAGAAUUUUCUCGGCUGCCUCAUAGGCUGAUGACUUCAGUGAUGACCAUUGACCACUGCCUUCUCUGUCGCCCCCGGCCGUUAAACGGGAUUGGAUUUCUUUGCUCAGGGCCCCUGAAGUAUGGGGUAAGACGCAUGGGCGUUACCAGUUUCGGCAACACACAUCUAUCUGCUAUCAUGAACUCAGCUGCGGAAUCCUGAACCACCUAGAAUGUACUCAAGUUGACUAGCCGUGUGUCCGUCGUUUGAAUAUCAGGUCAGCAGAUAUUUGUGGAGAUGCUGGAGGCACGUGUUGAUGACAAACUGCCGGCAAAAUAAAGCGUCCUCACACGAUUGUCAUAAUGAGAGCCAAGCCAAAGUCAGUCAAUAAAAGGACUGGAGAGUCGCCGGGUCCAUCGCGGCCACUCCAGUCCGCCGUAACAAUCAGUUGAUCACGUACAGGGAGUCCCUCAACUAUCUCCUGCAGCCGAGAAUACGUCUCUUUAUCGUGCUUCGACAGCUGAUGCUGGUGCGUCCACAGAGGCGAUAGAGGUGUUUGUAAAGCGGCCCUUCAGUCGCACGUACGCCAUCCGGCCAUUGAUGGUUCGUCCGUUCCGAAAGAGCGAUAGCCACACCGUGUCCACCAGAAUGGUGGCGGGGGUAGCUGUGCUACAGUGUGGAGUGGAAGAUGACUCCUUGCACCUGAGUCGAGGAUUCGGACUUCGGGCGAGCAACAAGUAUAAACUUUCUACUGACAAGGGCCGCGCGCCGUCAGACUUUGGGUACCAAAGUCAGAAAUGUCCACACAUUCCAGCAUCGAAUAUCAAGAGUAGGUUGCCGUUUUAGGGGUCCAACUCGCAUACGAUUUGUCCACACCACUGAACCAGGGUUGCGGGGCGUGUUGGUCCCCGCGGACACCGUAACAUGGGUCGCGAUACCAUCGUAGAUAAUUUUCACGAGGUUUCUUGGGGAUUUCAAGUACAGGCGAAUCCCUACUACAUGCCUCGGUCGUCUUUGUCUCGGAAACCUAACGAAAGGGCAGCGGUUGUAAGCAAAUCUCUUUAAUGGCGAUUCACGGCCGCCAUGUUGCAGUGCCGUCAUCGGACUUCACGACAUUUUAAUGAGGCUUUCAGCGUGCCAGACCUCAGCUCACCGCAUCCAAAGGUCAUUGUCAUUGCUGUUGCUGCUGCACGACUGCUUAAUUGUCAGGACCACGAUCCUGCUUAUUUUUCAGCCAACCCUCGCUGAAGGCCAUUCCACUAUCCGUUACCUGUGGACGCGCCGAGUAGCCAGCAGCUAGGCCAGACGGAAGGCCAUUGCCUGAUGACAGCGUUGAUGUUAGGAAACUGCCCGCAGGUAUGAGUUGUGCUGGCACAAGCCAAGGCAUUGGUAACUACAUAUGUCUGAUGGGGCGAUGUAUUCCAUCAGUUGGGAACCCACGUUAGAUUCAUCCCGUUUGAAGCACUCGCAACCCCCCCCCCCAUCAAUGGGGAAUGUACAGUUAGUGACCUAGCUCAUGGAAUGUGUCGAAAUUUACGAAUGAUUGUCUAUCAUUCGCAAACCGACACCAGUUCAUGAGUCCAAUGUCUAUGUUAAUUAAGUACAAGUUUAAACAAAUUAAGACAUAAAAGAAAUAUUAUAGGCAGUGUUGCGUUGUUUAGAAAUACGGAUUUAUUUUGAAAAGCGCAAUAUCCAGAAAACGUUAGAAAUGGCUCUAAAUUAGUCAACUGCGUACGUAGUAAAUUUGAACGUACAAAUGAAAUAACGUGCAAUAAUAGUGUCUCAGUGAAGUUCGCAUCUAAAUAUCGUUUAAAAAGUAGUGUGAUUUCAUAUAUGACGGUUUGUCAACUGCCCACAUUCUGAGUGUAGAUUCCAAGACAGUUUUCCAGUGAUUCUUGUUAUUUUUGACUAGUUCGAAGUACAUGAGAUGGGGUUCAACAAGAGAAACUGGAUUUCCCUUUACUUCGCCGAUGGGGACGUCGUAGGAACAAAAGUUUUCAUAAGGUGGCAUGCCAUGAGGCCGGUCGGUGCCUAAUAAAUCUAACUGACAGGCGUGAUCGCAGACAUACCAUUUUCUGUUUAUAGAGAGAACUUUCCUUCCGUUAAAUUAAUUUACACUUUUCGUUCGUUUUGGAUUACGUUGAGUUUCAGAUAGGCCUUGAAAUGUUACUGAAUAAUUCAUGACUUUCAGUGUUUUCACCCGAUCGUCCAUAAAGACGGAUUCUGAAUUACCUGUCUGUUAAGAUUUCAUGAGAUACAGUGCGUGACCUAUCUCAUGAAAUGUUGGCUGAAAUUCGGAAAAGCGUUUUCGAUUAGGAAAGAAUUACCUGGUCGCGGUUGUGAUAAUGAUUAUCAUAAGGCAUACUCUUAUAACAUUUCGAACUCGGCAGGAUGUCGGCUUUUAAAUGAACUUCUUUUCAAUCUCCUGUAGAAAGCGUGCUUGGUAAACAAUGACAACUUAAGUAGCAUGCAUUUUUCAAAUUGAUUUUCGAUGGUCUUGGAAAUUCAAAUAUAUUUUAUAGAAACCAUGAACAAAAAUAUGCUUUCUUUUAGUCAAUCAAUAGAAAAUUACGUCUCCUUUAUAUUGUAUACUUAAGGAAGAAGUAUAAUUACGUUUUAAAAAAGUUUCUAAUUAUGAGACUUUUUAAGACCGCGAUAUGUCCAUUCACAUAGCAUCGUACCUGGCCGUUUACCACUGCUCCUCAUGAAAUGUACAACAUGGUCCGCAUCCAUUGCAAAAUUUUAUGCACCCUGUAUGAUAUCUCUUUAAUGACAUAGAAAAAUAUGGGAUUUUCUUUACGCGGAACGCAUGCACCUUGUAGAGUGUAAUCACAAAGCGCUAAUGCAACGAAUGAUCAGGCUCCAAAUUUUUCGGCAAUUAGAAAAUUUUUUUAAAACCUAAUUAUACUCCUUCCUUAAGCAUAAAAUAUAAAGAAGACGUGAUUAUCUAUUGACUGACUAAAGGAAAGCAUAUUUUUGUUUACGAUUUCUAUAAAAUAUAUUCGAAUUUCCAAGACCAUCGAAAAUCAAUGGGAACAAUGCAUGCUACUUAAGUUGCCAUUGUUUACCAAGCACGCUUUCUACAGGAGAUUGAAAAGAACUGCAUUUAAAAGCCGACAUCCUGCCGAGUCAAAAAUGUUAUAAGAGUAUGCCUUAUGAUAAUCAUUAUCAAAACCGCUACCAAGUAAUUCUUUCCUAAUCGAAAACGCUUUUCCGAAUUUCAGCCAACAUUUCAUGAUAUAGGUCACGCACUGUACGUGGUUUUGAAUAUCAGCCUAGCACUACCCACUAACUACCACUGUAACGUAAAAUUUUAGCUCGACGGCGCAAAAUUCUACUGCAGAUGCUGAAACGCCCGUCAAUUCGAGGAAUACUGCACGGCUACUGCUGUAGUGACGACACGAAUGUACGACCGCAUGCUCGGCCCCUGGACCCCGUGUAUACCACGUAGGAAUACGAUUCUACUACAUCCUCAAGGUAGUUGCGGUCCAGACUGGAGCUCGCAGUUGCGUCACAUAAAACCUUAUCAAAACGAGAGCCAGAAGGAUGAGAGACUCUGGCCUGACAAUACAACACACCUCAGGACGUAUGCAGGUUUGUUAAACAGCCCGUUUACAAUAAAACGACGUGACUGGUAGAAUAUUAUGGUCAAAGAAACUGUCCGGAAUGGUCCUUCUACAGUAAUAACUACCAUCGUGGAAAAAGAUGCAUUUUCGCCGGUCACCACACCCGUUCGGAAUACUGUCACAGUGUUGUAAUGUGCUUAGGACAGGAAAGGAGAGGUAUGUACCAUGUCUUACAUGCCAUAUGUGGAUCGUUCAACACAUAACAGCAAACGUGAUUAUUCUCCAGAUGUUACAUGAUUUAGCCGAAAACGGCCAAGCUAGCUGGGCUGUUUUUUGUAAGUAAGAGCGCCCACAAGCUUCACAGGACACAGGUGAGUAAUGAUGGUCCACUGACGGAUACCUCGCAUUGAUUUAUUUUUUCUAUUCUUAGUACUUCCAAACACUUCAAAGGAAGACGGGCGAAAGGCCCCUCAGACUACAAACAAAACGAGGUUCUCUACUGUCAGUCCGAAAAAGCGGAAUGUCCCUCCUGUGUUAGUCCUUAGCCAGUAUCAUCGUUUACUGAACUUAUAAAUACUACUCAAUUAUAGCAAGUAGAACUAAUUAUCUUCAAAUGUUUCUUCGAUUUUACAGGGGUACGGCGCUAGUCCUUCCGAAAAUUACAACGUGAGUCACAGAGGCAUAGGCACACCUGCAUUGCUGCAGAAUAACCGAUACCUCCUUUUGCUUUGACAGGAGGACGGCAUCUCCGACCGAUGUUAGAGGUCUGGACACUUGGACGCCAUCGUCAAGCCUGGCAACAGAAACUGCAGCAAUCACGUUUCCCACAAAGAAGACCUAG